AUGUCUAGCGAUUCGCCGCCCGAGUCGCCCGAAGCGCCUCGCGCCUCCUCGUCGUCGUCCAAGACGGACAAGGCUGAUAUAUACGAUGCUAACAUACGAAACUUUGCGCCAGUCGCCCGCAUCAUGAAGAAUGCGCUCCCCGAGAAUGCCAAAAUAGCCAAGGAGGCGAAGGAGUGCAUGCAAGAGUGCGUUAGCGAGUUCAUCUCGUUCAUUACAAGCGAGGCUUCGGAAAAAUGCCAUCAAGAGAAAAGGAAGACGGUGAACGGCGAGGAUAUUCUGUUUGCCAUGACGUCUCUUGGGUUUGAGAACUACGCCGAAGCACUCAAGAUUUACUUGUCCAAGUACAGAGAGCAGCAGUCGACAUCAAACCGUGACGGCCAACAAAACAGACCAAACAGCCAGGGUUACGGUGCGCCAGGCCAGUCGAAUCCUGGCGGCGGCUUUGCCGGUGGUGAUCUCGGAGGCCAGCCAGAGGGCGCUGAUGCUCAAGGCUACAACAUCUACGGAGCUCAGCCAGGUCAUAACGGUGCACCUGGGGAGUAUUAAUCCCUUGAUUUCUGGGACCUGUGCCCAGUGCUUUUCUUCUUUCUAUCUGUAUGAGUAUCUACACUCGGUUGGGAGGAGUUGGUUUGGUGUUCUGCAAAAGACAGCCGACAUCUGAGCCCUGGCCGAAAGGUACAUGAGGACCAAGUUGGUUUUGGCGGGAUGGUAAGGGCUUGGGAAAACAAGGACAGGUCUUGCGUUUUGUGCUUUUGUGGGCAGCAGUUAGAUUCCCCUUGACGUUGACACUGCUGUAGGCCGUUCUGGUUUGUUGAUUUGGAUGGGUUGAUUUAGCUGUAAUUGAUUUUGUAAAGUUGACUAAGCUCGAAGUGAAUGAUAUUAUCAAUUAUUCACUUGUCGCCCUCA